GCCAAUACUCGCUCGUAGUUACUCGAAAAAGUAAUUCCGUUACUGCCACCAACUGACAGAACUCACUAGCAAACUGACGCGCAUUCCUAUUGGACGUAGUGAGGGGUUGGACCCCAGCACCUCGCCGCCUGUUAUUCCAACGCAGUGACCGCGCCUGGCCAGUCGUUCCUCGUUGCGCACUGGAUAUGGACCAGGACGCAGCGCGCCUCCCUGCUGUCUCCCGCGGACAGGCUGCACUCUGCGGCGCAUGAAAAGGUGCCCAAAUGAACCGCCGCCCUCCUGGAUCCUCCAGCGUGCAAUGGCUUAACAGGAAAGACAUGAGUGUCCGAACGGAGGACAGCAUCACCUUGUGCCAAAGGGCUCUCCAAAUCGUUACGGAACUUUGUCUCACGGGACACGUAGACCGGGAGAAAUGCUCGGAUAUAUUCCCCCUGGAGAGCAACAUACCAGGUAAAGGACAUGCAGACAUCUCUAUUAGUCUCCUUGCUGUGGUCGUGGGUUUCUGUGGCCUCGCCCUUUUGGUAGUCUCUCUCUUUGUCUUUUGGAAGCUGUGCUGGCCCAUUUGGAGGAGCAAGGCUCUCUCAGCCCAUGUCGAAAAUGGCCUCCGCGUGGGUUUCCCCGAGGCGCCUCCAACCAAUUCCCCACCGGUCACAGAGUACAAAGCCGGAGAGAUGGAGAAGAAGUACCCGCUGGAAGUGAAGGUGAAUGGACGGAGCUCUGUCAAGCUCCUGGAGGCUGCCAUGAAGAUCAGCCAGACGUCUCCGGACAUCCCCGCCGAAGUGCAAACAGCCUUGAGGGAAAAGCUCAGCCAGCAGACUAAGAUCCAGAGGCAGACCACAGAGCCAACCUCCUCCUCCAGGCACAAUUCAUUCCGGCGCCACCUGCCUCGUCAGAUGAAUGUCACCAGCGUUGACUUCAGCAUGGACACAGUGCCUCUCCGCCAGUCUUCAACAGCAAGCAUUGGAAGAAUAAAACCCGAACUCUACAAGCAGAAAUCUGUGGACUCGGAGGAUGAAAAUAAAGAGCCUGUCGAGACUUGCGGAAAGCUCAGCUUCUCACUGCGUUACGACUAUGAGGAGCAAGCUUUGGUGGUAAGGAUCCUCAAGGCCUUGGACCUGCCUGCCAAAGACUUCACGGGCACCUCAGACCCUUACGUGAAGAUCUACCUACUGCCUGAGAGGAAGAAGAAGUUCCAGACGCGUGUCCACCGCAAGAAUCUGAACCCCAUGUUUGAUGAGACCUUCAGUUUCCCUGUGGCGUAUGACGAGCUUUGCAACCGCAAGCUGCACUUCAGUGUCUACGACUUUGACCGCUUCACCAGCCACGAUAUGAUUGGCGAGGUGGUGGUGGACAACCUCUUUGAACUCUCUGAUCUUUCCAGGGAGGCUGUAGUGUGGAAGGAUAUUCACGCAGCAACUACGGAGAGUAUUGACCUGGGAGAGAUCAUGUACUCGUUGUGCUACCUCCCCACAGCAGGCAGAAUGACCCUAACAGUCAUCAAAUGCAGAAACCUCAAAGCCAUGGACAUCACAGGCUCUUCAGAUCCUUAUGUGAAGGUUUACCUGAUAUGUUCUGGGCGGAGGUUAAAGAAGCGAAAAACAACCACCAAGAAAAGCACACUUAACCCAUCGUACAACGAGGCCAUCGUGUUCGACAUUCCCCCGGAGAACGUGGAACAAGUCAGUCUGUCCAUCAUGGUGAUGGAUUAUGAUCGGGUGGGACACAACGAAGUGAUUGGUGUGUGUCGCACUGGUCCAGAUGCUGAGGGUCUUGGGCGAGAUCACUGGAAUGAAAUGUUGGCUUACCCGCGGAAGCCCAUCACACACUGGCACGCUCUGGGAGAGUGGCCAGGAAGAGCAGCAAGCUUUGAGAGUCAAGGUUCGUGUCCUUCACCCAGACCUCCACAGACACCUUGAUGAUCACAGGUAGAGUGAUGACACCACCCCUGUAAGAAACCAGACAUUUGUUUAGAGUUGCUGGGAACUUGUGUUGCCUCCGAGUCUCUUGUGAGCAUGUCGUAUGAAAAGUGACUUCAGUUCUUAUAGUUUUGUGUAAAGGUUGCUUGAAGUUGUUU